AUGCAAAAUUUAUCUGUUGACCUAAGUGUAAACCAAGUGUAUAGGUCAAAGAGAAAGGCAAAGGAUUUGAUAAAUGGAGAUGAGCAACUGCAAUAUGGUGUCCCUAGGGACUAUGCACAAAUGAUAACCACUGUAGACAAGGGGAGUAGGGUUAUACUGCAGACAGAAAUGACUGAGGAGACUUCCCAGCCAAAAUUUAAGAGGAUGUAUGUUAGGUUCAAUGCUCAAAAUGUAGGAUUUUUAGGUGGAUGCAGGCCAUUUAUAGGUUUAGAUGGUUGUCACAUAAAGCACAGAUUUGGUGGGCAAAUCUUAUCUGCCACUGCCAAGGAUGAAAAUGACAACAUUUUUCCAGUAACCUUGGCUGUUGUGGAACAAGAAACCAGGGAGUCUUGGAUAUGGUUUUUGGAAAUUUUUGCUGAUGAUAUAGGGAGGCCAGAGGAGUUUCAGUUGGUCUUCAUUUCUGAUAGGCAAAAGGGGCUUAUACUUGUAAUAGAGAGACUAUUCCCUACCGUGGAGCAUAAAUACUGUGUGAAACACAUCUACAACAAUUUCAAAAUUGAUUACAAGGGAUUGGAGCUGAAGGAUGCAUUGUGGAGGUGUGCUGCUGCCACAACAGUAAGGGAGUUUGAGAGAUGCAUGCAGUACAUAAGGGAUUUGGAUGAAAAGGCAUAUGAGUAUCUUACAAACAUUGCACCUGCACAGUGGACAAGGUCACACUUCACUCCUAGGGCCUUAACAGAUUGUUUGGUAAAUAAUUUGAGUGAGUCUUUUAAUGCAAUGAUAUUGAAGUCUAUGGACAAGCCUAUCUUGGCAAUGUUGGAGUGGAUUAGGGUUAGACUUAUUACUAGGCUUUACACAAAAAGGGAAGGGAUACAGAAGUAUGCUGGAAAGUUGUGUCCAAGCAUACAAGAUAGGUUGGAGAAAUUGAAGGUUGAAAGUAAGGCAUUUAGUGCUACCCCAGCUGGUAGUUUCCUUUAUGAGGUAGGCAGUCAGUAUGAGAGACAUGUAGUUGAUUUGGUGAAGAAGACAUGUAGCUGUAGGUCUUGGGAUUUAAAUGGCAUUCCCUGCAAACAUGCCAUAACAGCCAUUUAUACAAACAUUGAGACACCAGAAGACUAUACCCACCCAUACUACUUCAAAGAAACUUACAUGGAGAUAUACAAGGAGGUACUUCCUCCCAUGCCUGGCCAGUCAGAAUGGGCUGAGACUGGACAGCCUGCUCCCCUGGCACCUCACAUAUACAAACCACCAGGCAGACCACCCAAGCAAAGAAAGAGGGCUUUUAAUGAGCCUAGAAACCCUUACAAAGCAAGUAGAUAG